UCCUUCAUGUUCUUUGCUGUGAGCCUUUCUUCUUCAAGUCUGAUUCCAGACUCUCGGCACCAGUUUCCACAGCUCUUUGUUCCAGGUCAGACUCCAGCCGAUCAGCAGGUUGCGUUUGUGGAACCGUUGCUCAUCGGCACUGAGCUGCUUCUGCAUCUUGUUGACUCUAUCCUUUGGUUUCACCCUCCUGAUGGCUGCAAUGUCACCUGUUUGUUUUACCGUUUAAGAUCCACUCAGAGUCAGCUGAUGAGACGUGUGACUGACGGGCGUGAGUAGGGAUGACUGCUCUGUUUACCAGAGGUGGAUUUGUUAACUCUGCCAGUUUCAUACAUCCUGGUCACAUGGUUCCAACUUUACACGCACUGUAUUAAGUAAAUACAGAGCAGCUCCGUCAUUAAAGACCAGUGAUGACAACGCAUUAUAAUGGUGCUGUUCAAAAACCUUUAGUUUGUUAGUUCUACUGCUUCUGGUGCAGUAACCUCAUUCCUGCUACCAGUUCCGCUAAAUAGAGUCAAAGCAACAAAAAGGAGCCUCUCUGCUGCUUGAACCCGAGCAUCAGUCACAAACUCCGUCUCCUUUACAACUUCCUCUGAGCAAACACUUCACCCACCAGUCGCUCCACUGGGCUGUUACUCUCAACGCCUGUCUCUGCAAACACACUCAAAGGAUGCAGCGGUGUCUCCAGUAGACCCCUCCACGCAGCCAUGGAGCCUAAAGCGAGGUAGGAGUCCAGCUCUGACGCGCAGCGAAGGCUGGCGUGAAGCUACUGUUGAUGACAUGUUGAUUUAUUUGAGCCUGUCUGUGCAGAGGAACCUCUUCCUCCUCAGUCUCUAUCACUUUUAAUCUUGUGACUUUUACAUGUGUGCUUGUAAUGACUCUUCCUCCACACCUGCAUACGAUGAGCUGUCUGAUGUGCAUGUUUACAGCGUUUACUAACCCACAGAAUGUGGCCACAACUGGUUCAACACAAGUGAAACCAGAUUAAAGAGUUUUCAUUGGGAAGAUGACAGUCGGGUGUAAUUAAGCACAGAGAUGUUUGAUGGUUUGUCUGUUCAGUCAUUAGGACGCAGGCGUGGAGCAGGAGGGUGUUUGGAUAGGUCUUUAUUUACAGUAGAGUCAUGUUCAAUGAUAAACACAGCUCUGUCAUCAAGGUGUAAAGUACCCGCUUGACAGUGAGUCUGAAAAUAGGAGCAGUGUUUGUAACAUUCUGACUGAAAAGAGCAGAAACGCAUGAAAGGGACGCAAAGGCUCCGACAUCCUUAAACAGAGGUCAGGACUAGAAAGGAACCAGAUGAGGUGGAAGCGUUUUUCUGCGUGGCUGUGAAGGAUCUGGGCUCGAGCAGAAUGGACACCUCUGACAAGCCUGCGACCGGGCAGCGAAAGACCAACGUGUUCGGCAUGAAGAAGAAGAAGAAGAAAACGAACCCAGACAUUGUGUUAGAAAACAAGGGAGCUGUUGCCAGUGAUGCUGAGCUGCUUCCUGGAGUUUCUCCUCAGCUGCAGGAAGAAAACAAAGCAGAACCAGCAGAAAGCUCUCCAAUCAGAACCAGAAUAAUACCCAACAACAAGAGGUCCAAACUGAGAACUCGCAUCCAGGACAGUGAGGGGAAACCGCAAAACUUCCAGAUCUCCAUCAACAUCACCGAGGCCAGGCAGCUGGUGGGAGAAAACAUCGACCCCAGCGUGGUCAUAGAGAUCGGAGAUGAGAAGAAGCAGACGUCCGUCAAAGAGGGAACCAACGCUCCCUUUUACAAUGAGUACUUUGUGUUUGACUUCUUCGCCCACAAAGAGAUCUUCUUCGACAGAGUCAUUAAACUGACUGUGAUGCACUCAAAGAUGCUGAGGAGCUUCUCUGUUGGAUCCUUUAAGGUGGAUGUGUGGACAGUUUACAAACAGCCAGGUCACCAGUUCAUCAACAAGUGGGCGGCGCUGACCAACCCUGCAGACAUCAGCACUGGGAUCAAGGGCUAUGUCAAAUGUGACAUCAGUGUUUCAGCAAAGGGAGAGUCCGUGCAUCCGGGCCAGAAAACAAGUGAUGCUGAUGAACAGAUUGACAAGAACCUGCUGAUACCAGAAGGUUUUCCCUCAGAACGACCCUGGGCUCGUUUCUGCGUGAAGGUCUAUCGAGCUGAAGGCCUUCCCCGGAGCAACUCCAGCAUCAUGGCUAAUGUCACCAAGGCCUUCGUGGGAGACAACACAGCCCUCAUAGACCCAUACGUGGUGGUCAGCUUCUUCAAAAAAGUGGGUCGUACAUCCACCCAGAAAUCCACAGCAGACCCAGUGUGGAACGAACAGAUUGUCUUCACAGAGAUGUUUCCUCCUCUGUGUCAGCGUUUAAAGAUCCAGGUCUGGGACGAGGGAAGCAUGAAUGACGUUGCCAUUGGAACGCAUUACUUUGAUUUGAAACGCAUUUCCAACGAGCAGGAUGGUGACAGAGGAUUUCUACCAACCUUCGGUCCUGCCUGGAUCAACCUGUACGGCUCUGCCCGAAACUUUACGUUGGGUGACGACACUGUGGAGCUUAACGAGGGCAUUGGAGAGGGUGUGUCCUACAGAGGGCGAGUCUACAUGGAGCUGGCAGUGGAGAUCCUUUCAGGGGGAGGUGGUUCAGAGUCCAAAUUUAGCUUGAUGAUCAAACCGGCCAAGGACGCCAAAGCAGGAAAAGCUGGAGGAAAGGAUGGGAAGACCUCUGGGGGAGGAGCAGCAGCAGGAGCAGGAGGCGCUGCUGAUGAUGACAAAGGGAAACCUACACCGGCAGAGGUCCUACCAGUGGAUCCUCCCCCUGAAGUAAAAGACGACGAGAGCUUCCUGCUGUUUGGUGCAUUGUUUGAAGCCACGAUGAUCGACAGGAAGAUUGGAGACAAGCCCAUCAGCUUUGAGUUCUCCCUGGGUAACUACGGUAAUGUUUUGGACUUUGCAUCCCAGCCCAGCAUCAGCUCCAGCGUCAGCCCCAUGGUCCCUCGGAGGAAAAAAGCACCGGACCUCCCAGAGGGCGGUGACUUGCUUGGGACGUCCCCUCUCAGCUCCCCUCCUUUCUCCCAGUCUGUGCCCUUGCUCUCCCUCCCUCAGGACACCACCACCACCGUGACCUCGAAGUCCACCACGCCUCCAGAAAAGCCCGUGAUUGUGGAGGGGAACAGGUACUACAUGCACCUGCCUCUGGAGAAGAAGAAGCCCUGCAUUAACGUGCUCAGCCACUGGGAGGACCGCACCUACAGGCUGUACAACUCCAACAUGCUGGAGAACAUAGCUCUGCUGUUUGAGGAAGGUGUAGAGAGUGUGGCCACGCUGCACAAAAGGUUGGACCUCGGGGCAGAGCCUCUGCUCAGAACCGUCCUCAAAGAGUUCUGUAUUGAUGCCAGGAGUUUUAUAGCAACGGCAGAGGCCAAGUUAAAAGCAGAGCUGAAGUCCACCUACCUGACGCAGCUGGACAAGAAACGGCUGACGCUGUGCACACAGGAGCUGGAAAGUUUGAUAGCUGAGGCCCAGUUCCUGGAGGAGAGGAGGACGACUGGCGUGAAAGAAAUGCUGCAGGACACAACAAAGCUUAUAGGCAGACUGCGCUUCCUUGUGGAGGAGCCCCAGCACACGGUGCCAGACGUGUUUGUGUGGCUGCUAAGCAACAACAAGCGUGUCGCGUGUGCUCGGAUCCGCGCUAGAGACCUGAUGUUCUCCAGCAUCCAGGAGGCCAGAGGGGUCCACUGUGGCAAGAUCAUACCGCUGUUUCUGAAGCCUCCAGGGAAACGCGUUGCAGGCCUGUCUGUCCAGGCCAAGCUGGACGCGUACCUGUGGUUGGGAGCCUCUUCACACGCCGGCCACAUGCUGGAUGACCUGCCUGCAGGAUUCGUUCCAUCCACAGGGGGCGCCGAUGCCAGCAACCCCCCAACACAGCUGCUCUGCCCUGAGCAGCACUGGUUCCAGCUGAGGUGUCACAUGUAUCAGGCUCGUGGCCUGAUAGCUGCCGACACCACCGGACUGUCGGACCCUUUCGCUCGGGUCACAUUUCUGUCCCACAGCCAAAACACCAAUAUUAUUAAUCAGACUCUCAGUCCGACAUGGAACCAGUGUUUGCUAAUGAGACGCCUGCAGCUGAAUGGAGACCUGCAGCACAUCCAGCAGGAGCCGCCACGCGUCCUGGUUGAGGUGUACGACGACGACGCGCUGGGCAAGGCUGAGUACUUGGGCUCCACGGUGACGGUGCCCGAGGUUCGCUUGGCCUCUGAUGACUACACACCUCCCACCCUGCAGUACAGUCCCAUUCACUACAGCAGCCUGUCAGGAGGAGAGCUGCUGGCUGCAUUUGAGCUGCUGCAGAUCCCAAAGUCUGGAGAGAAGACUCUCCCGCCUUUAGAGGAACAGGAGGGAGGCAUCUAUGUGGUUCCAGCCAACAUCAGACCUGUUCUCAGGACCUACAGGCUGGAGGUGUUAUUCUGGGGACUGAGGGAGCUGAAGAAGGUUCAGUUCCUGUCUGUUGAUCGACCACAAGUUUUCAUUGAAUGUGCAGGCAAAACAUUACGUUCCUCUGUCAUUCAGAAGUACAAGUCCAACCCAAACUUCACCACACUGGUCGAUGUCAUAGAGCUGGAGUUACCAGAGAAUGAGCAUCUCCAUCCUCCUCUCAGCAUCACCGUUGUUGACUGGAGGGCCUUCGGUCGCAGCACCCUGGUGGGGAACCACGUCAUCAACAACCUGAGGCCCUUCAAAUACACUCCACCCCCAGCCCUGCCUCCCCCCAUAAGCACACCAAAACCACCCAGCGUCACAUACAAGCCUGGACCCGCUCCGCCACCACAGACUGCAGACACUGAGGGACCAUCGGAGGUUGCUGGUGAGUCCAGUUCCACUGCUGCAACAACAAACCAGGACGUUCUGAUUACUGUGGAGAACGAUGCCCCGCCUCCAGCCCCGCCCAGCCUUGAGCAAGAAACCAGGAAGAAAAGGGGCAGCAGAGCAGUGAGCACUCGGCGUUCCACCAAGAGGAGGAGACGGACCAUCGCGGAUGAAUCAGCCGAGUGUGUCAUCGACUGGUGGUCUAAAUACUAUGCAUCUGUAGAGAAAGAGGCCAAACAGAAGGAUGGCUCUCUGUUCCCCCAGGUCUAUGAAAAAGCUUUGCCGUACCACAACUUGCUCAACGAUGGAAUAGACUCUUUGGUCAGCAGCGUGCAAGAUGGAGACAAGAGGAAUAAACCCAAACCAAAAGGAACACUGGAGUCCACCCAAGGGCUACCUACUAAAUUAGCUACCCUCAAGCUGUACAGCAGAGAACUUGAGACAGAGUUUGGGCCUUUUGACGACUGGGUGAAAACAUAUGAGCUGUUCCGAGGAAAAGCCAAUGAGGAAGAGGGUUCAACUGAGAGGUUUGUUGGCAAAUUCAAGGGGCGAUUCUGCCUGUACAAGGUGCACGAGGAUCAGGCAGAAGAAGCGGACAAACCUGCAGACUGUGGGCAUUUCAGAGUCAGCAGAGGGGUCCCUCCCAACAGCUCAGUUAAAGUCCUCAUACGUGUUUACAUUGUCUCUGCAUCAAACCUUCACCCAGCUGAUCCAGAUGGGAAGGCAGACCCUUAUGUUGUUCUUCGACUGGGCAAGAAUGAAAUCAAAGAUAGAGACAAUUACAUUCCCAAAGAGUUAAACCCUGUGUUUGGAAGGUCUUUUGAGAUGCAAGCCACCUUUCCUCAAGAGUCUCUGCUGACUGUGGUGAUCUAUGACUUUGACUUGGUGGGAGGGGACGACCUUAUAGGAGAGACUCGCAUUGACCUGGAGAACAGAUUCUACAGCCGCCACAGAGCCACAUGUGGACUUCCGACUGAGUACAGUCUGGAGGGGUAUAAUGCCUGGAGAGACAGUCUGAAACCAUCAGAGCUCUUGUCUAAGCUGUGCAGAGAAAAUGGUCUCGAUGGUCCUCAUUUCAGACCGGGACGCAUCACUGUCGCUGACAAGGUCUUCACUGGAAAGACGCUCUUCAUGCAGGAAGAUGAGCCUGUGGAGUCCUAUGAGCAUCUGUCUCUAAAGAUCCUGCAUCGUUGGUCAGAGAUGCCGGUUUUGGGAUGCAAACUGGUACCAGAACACAUUGAGACCAGAACUCUCUUUAACAAGGCUCGACCCGGCAUGGACCAGGGCCAACUCCAGAUGUGGGUUGACAUGUUUCCAAUGGACCUGCCUCAUCCAGGACCUCCAGUGGACAUUUCGCCUCGAAAACCAAAAGGGUACGAGCUGCGUAUCAUCAUCUGGAACACAGAAGACAUCAUUUUGGACGACACCAAUUUCCUGACUGGACAACAGUCCAGCGAUAUCUACGUCAAGGGCUGGCUGAAGGGUUUAGAGCACGACCGACAGGAGACUGACGUCCACUACAACUCUCUGACUGGGGAAGGAAACUUCAACUGGCGCUUUGUCAUCCCUUUCAGUUAUCUGCCUGCAGAGAAGCUUGUGGUCGUCAGUAAGAAAGAAAAUAUUUUCUCUCUGGAUAAAACCGAGCAGAAGCUUCCUGCCAUUCUCAUUAUGCAGGUGUGGGACUUUGAGACACUCUCUUCCGACGACUUCCUGGGGGCGGUGGAAUUAGACCUCCACGGGUUCCCUCGGGGGGCAAAGACAGCCAAAGCGUGCAAAUUGGACAUGAUGACAGAUGGGACUGAGAAAAUCUCCAUCUUCCAACAGAAGAGAGCCAGAGGCUGGUGGCCCUUCAGCAAAUCUGGAGAGCAGACGGGAAAGGUGGAGGCAGAGUUUCAUCUGGUGACGGCUGAGGAAGCAGAGAAAAAUCCUGUUGGUCGAGCUCGUAAGGAGCCAGAACCUCUUCCAAAACCCAAUCGCCCAGACACGUCUUUCUCAUGGUUCGUCAACCCAUUCAAAUGUUUCUUCCACCUGAUAUGGAAGAACUACAAGAAGUACAUCAUCAUCGCCCUGGUCAUUCUCAUCACGAUGCUGUUCCUGGCCCUGCUGUUCUACACUCUCCCAGGAGCCAUCUCACAGAAGAUAGUCAACGGAUGAACAACAGUUACGACGACUGAAUGCUCUUCGUUACAGACUCCUGUAAUGAGCCCACAUAGAAAGUUUAACCUUUAUAGCUAUUUAACACUGUUCGAAUAACCAUUACUGUGUUUGACUUGUUUUAGAAGAUUAAUUUCUUAUAACAGUAGGAACAAAUACACACAAAAACAUGGUAACACAUUUGUUUAUUAUUAGUUAAAGUUUUAAUACUCACAUGCACCUAUGUUGUUAAGCACUGAAACAACCGUCCUCUUCAAACUAGCUACAAAGAGAUUCUGUUGUUGCACCAUUAAACAAAGUGAGAAACUAAAGUAUAUGCAGAACAAUGUAAAAAAAAUGCUCCACUAACCUAAGGUCAGAGACUCCAGCAGUCUGAGCUCAGCAGCUGAUUUACAGUUACUGCACAGUCAGUAGGAAGAGGACGUAUGCGCGGUUAGCUUCCCAGAGCUAACACUGUAAUGCCAAAUGUUUGUGUCUUCAGGCUAAGCUGGGUUUGUCUCCCUACAAACAAACAAUCACUACAUUGUCACAUCACAUGAACUGUACGAAAGACAGUGAGAAAUUCAAUGUACAUUUUCAUUUGAAAUACAUUAACAUAUUGUAUCGAAAUGCAAAUUAAAGGCUAAGGUCACUGUUUUGAAGGCAUAA